UAUUUUAUGUAUUGGUGCCAUGAACCACACGGCAUAUCCCUUACAUUACAAACUAACAAAUAUAGCUACAAACUUGGUAUACAGUGCGAAUUCCUGUUACUACCAUUAGGUUCUGACAGCAUGAUACCCAAGACGUAUUCAAAGCCUGUCCGUUUCCUACUGAAGUCCUUCGAAGCCUCGCCGUCGCACCCGCAGAUUUACGACCACUUCCGCAGCUACCCCGCCGUGGUCGCUGAGAGACAAAGGCAGCAGUACGAGAAAUACACCUUCGUUAUACAUCCACUCAGCUGGUUCAGUUUCACUUGGAACAGUUUUAUGAUUUUGAUCAACUUGUCUCACAUCUUCGCGUCACAUUUCCGCCUGGCCAUCAACGUUCCCCCGGUGCCAGUGAAGUUCGAAGUCGUCGUCACUGACUACAUCAUCUUGGCACUUGACGUGUUCUGUUUGAUAAGCGUCAUGAUAAAGUUCAACACUGGCUACGUGGGGUACGAGAGAAGCAUCAUUCUGAACAGAAGACGCAUUAUAAGGCAUUACCUCCGCAGCUGGUUCAUUUUGGACUUAUUGUCGAGUCUGCCCAUAGCCUUCUGCCUGCUCAAGUUCUUGCCUACGGAGUACCAUGAUCGCCACUUUAUGCUGGCAGCUCACAUCUUCGCUAUGUUAAAGCUUGCUCGAAUAUGCACUAUCUUGCGUGAUUUGAAGAGGUUCACAAAGCUUUUCGUCAGCUCGUACAUCUGGCAGGGCGUGGUCCGGCAGGCGGCCAUGUUUAUGGUGAUCACGCACGUGUGCUGCUGCUACCUCUACGUCUGUCCCGUUCUCCACCUUUACCGAAACGGCUACCCAGAGAGAGGAUACACGCAUUUUCUGAACAUAUCCGACGGGAGAAAUCUGACUUUAGUGCCGAUAAUAAAGCGCUACAGAGCUGGCAUUUAUGUAUGUCUCUCCUCAUUUUUUGGUGCAAGCUACCACACCAUGUUCCCCCUGGAGUGGCCGGAUGAAAUCGCUGUGGUAUCCAGCAUCAUUGUCUUCACUACACUCUUCAUGAUAUACAACUUAGUUUUCCUGAUGAAGGUAUAUUUCACGUAUUUCGACUCGACCAUGCGAUACUACGAGCUCAUGAACGAAGUUGAGGCGUACAUGCGACAAAAACAGUUUCCCAGCCCGUUGAAGAAGCGCGUAAUCGACUUCUACAACUAUACGUUCCACGAGGUGUACUUUCGAGAGGACAACGCCCUUCACUACUUAUCUGAACAACUCCGCAACGAGAUUACCCUUCAAACUUGUCACAAAUUGGUAAAUAAGGUGUCCCUCUUCAACGGGCUACCUGCCGCUGUGGUAGGGGAAAUCCUGGGCCGUCUGCAUCCAGAGGUAUACCUGCCCAAUGAUCUAGUGGUACGUGCCCCGGACGUCGGCAGCUGUAUGUACUUCAUAGCAAACGGUUGUGUCGCUGUAUACUCGUUGAAAGGCGUUGAGGUAUGCCACCUGGAAGACGGCGCUCACUUCGGCGAGGUGGCUCUGAUCAUGAAAGACCGGAAACGAGUAGCCUCCGUGGUCGCAGUAGAGAUUACACAGGUGUAUCGCCUCGACGAAGCUGAUUUCCGGCAUUUCGUGAUGUCCUCCCCAGUUCUCUACGAGCGUGUGGAGUCCCUCGCCUCGAAGCGGAUGCACGAGACAGUCCUGCUGGAUGAGCAGUACCGGGAGAAGGAAAAGAGGAAACAAAGCACGGAGAGCCAGGAGGGCAUGGAGGUCCGAGUAGCAAGACCUAGUGAUGGGGACAAAACUGGACCAUUCAAUUAAAUAGGUACCUACCUACUUCAUCAUCAUGUGAAUUGCUUGGCACCCUGGAUUCACUACUUAACCUUAAUUAUUUAAAUCUGUUUAUUUUUAAAAUUUUGAAUGAAUGUUUUUAAUUUGAAUUGAAUGAAAUAGUACCUAUGUUCCAAAAUUAAUCAAUUCGUGAAGAGUUUAGUUACAUAUUAUAGCUUUCUAGAUUCACUGUUUUAUUUGAGGAUCGCCUAAUAAGUUUUCUGUUACUGUUUAUUUUUCUGCUUCCUUAUUUAGAGGUUACUCAUAUUAUUUGUAGACUAUUACAAUUCAUGCAUGACAUAUCAAAAUGAAAGUUUAGUUAAUAUCUAUAACUGAUAUCAUUAGGUAUAAAAUGUUUAUGUUAAACUUGUUAUUGUACUGACAUUUUGUUUACUCUUGAUUAACAACUCAAGCCAGGUAGUAGCACACAUUUCAUGUUCUAAUAAAUAAAAACUUUUUUUACAUAAAAUAAUUAAGUUAAUAAAGUAUCUAUUAGCCUAUAGAAAAAUAUAUGAUUUUAAACUUAGGUGUUGCAUUAUAGAUACUACCUAUUUAUAAUUUUAAUUAAACGCGCACGUAACGCACCUGAAAACUGCGUGCGUUACUUUACUUUGCGUUCAAUACCUGUUUUUUUUAAAUAGUAUACAAAAAUAUUUCCUAAGUAUAAACUCUAGUUAUAAUAAAUAAAACCAAAAA